AACACGAUUAUCACAGUAAUACAAAGAUAGAAAAGUUGCUCCGAUGCCAAAUCAAGAGAUACGCAUGCGCGGAGAAGCGCGAUAAAAAGAGGAAAGAAUCCAGCGUGGCAAGAUAAGCGAGUCAGUAGCCAACGCGUCAACAGCUGAUUCAGAAUCGUCUUAUAUCAACUAAUCGCCGUUAUCGCGAACUAACGACUACGCAAUAGCAUUAUUCGCGGCGAUCGGUCGCAUCAGUGCUCGUAAAGUAAACGAUUCAGUUGCUCAAGAUGUUGAGAUUCCGAAAGUUAUUUCCGCAAUCCUGCUCAGUUAUAGGAAUGGUGCAUGUGGGAGCGCUCCCUGGGACACCAAAAUAUGGAGGCUGCAGCGAAAAGAUCGUAGAAAAUGCAGUAAAAGAGACAUCAAUAUAUGUCGAUUGUUGUGUGGAUGGUAUUUUGAUCGAAAAUAUGCACGAUGUCCCUUAUAUUAAGCGGAAGGAUAUAUCGCCCGAGGUUACAGCUGUAAUGACUAGGAUUUGCACAGAAGUUAGGAAAAUCGCACCGCAAAAUAUCCCGUGUGGCGUUCAGAUUCUCGCAGGAUGCAACAAGGAAGCAAUCGCAGUUGCCAAAGCAGCUGGAUUGCAAUUUAUUAGGGCUGAAGGAUUUGUGUUCUCCCAUGUAGCUGACGAGGGUUUUAUCGAUUCAAAUGCUGGAGUUUUAUUAAGAUACAGAAGGCAAAUCGAUGCAGACAACAUCCUCGUUUUCGCUGACGUAAAAAAAAAACAUAGCUCGCACGCAAUCACUUCCGAUGUAAGCUUGUUGGAAACUGUAAAAGCGGCUGAAUUCUUUUUAGCUGACGGCGUUAUACUAACUGGUAAUGCGACUGGCGAAGAAACAAAUGUGAGAGAUCUUUCAGAAGUGCGGGAAUGCGUCGCGGCGAGGCUGCCGGUGCUGAUCGGCUCAGGCGUCACGCUGGACAACGUGGACAAUUACGCGGACGCGGCGGACGCGCUGAUUGUGGGAUCGCACUUGAAGAUGGCCGGCCGGUGGGAUAACGCGCUUGACCCGGCGAGAGUCCGUGCCUUUGUCGGCCAUUUAAAAAAUCAACGAUAACGACCAUGGAAUAACACGACUGUAUAACCGACGAAUGGGAGAAACAGCCGUCUAGAAGGAACGGGGCAGCUGUUCGACCAGCUGAGCGAAUUCCCACCUUCGAUCCGCUGCCAUCAGGGCUGAACGUCGCGUCUGCGAGGCGAGCGGUCUUCGGCUCCCGCGAACCGCAGGACCGUACAAUCGACCGCGGAGAAAGUAUCGAUUCGAGACGAUAUUCGAGAAACCCACACUUCUUCCUGUAUGAAUAGAAUGUCGCUUAGAAUCUCGGAGAGCGUAAACAAUCAGGGUUUAAGCUUGCGUGCGAAUUUUGGAGAAAUUGGCAAGAUUUUUAAGAGCUUACUAAAAAAAAACACCCCAAUAUUUAAUCUACUCGUUCAAUUUCGAAUUUUAGCAAUAUGCUUGUGUCUGUACGUGUGUGUGUGUGGGGGGGGGGGGAUCUUGUGUGCGUGUACAAACGAAAGUGCGGAGAUGUCUCGUGACAGCUUGAUGCUGGAAAAAAAUAAAACAACGACGAAUAUUAAUGAGCUUUUAUCUCAUUGUCGGAGCGAAUGAGUCAUCCACUACUAUACAAGAAUAAGUGUGCAUUACGAAACAUUAUCUCGAAUUAUCACGCGAACACGUUCAUCUAAUAAAUUGAAUAAAUUGGAAGUCACUUCAGAAA